AUGCAUGCAUUGGCUUUCAAUCUAAUUUUGCCAUAUUCUUCUUUGCAGCUUCCUGUUAUGGGAGGAGCCUUUAUGGACUCACCAAAUGAGGACUUUAGUACAGAGUACUCCUUGUUUAACUCAUCGGCCAAUGUCCAUGCAGCUUCUUCCAUGCAGAAUCCACCAGAAGAAACAUCCCGGUCUUCAAAUGAUGCCAUAUUGUUAUGGAUUGCGAUCAUAGCAACAAUUGGAAAUAUUGUGGUUGUGGGAGUGGUGUAUGCCUUCACGUUCUAGGAUGCCUGUCACUCCAAACACUGGAAGAGAGGAUAACUGCAGCAGUAUUUGUCAUGUCUAUUUUCCAGUUUAGAGGAUUUCUGUGAAGAUGGUUGAGGACAGAAGAGAUGCAUUCUGAGAAAAAUCUUGAGAAGUGGUGUUAUGGAAGCUUGGCUACACAGAAAGUAAGUUAUACUGCAGCAGCUGUAGUUCUAAGUUAUACCAAAACCUGAAAGCACAUGAACAGUACAUUUUUCCACCAUGAUUAAAACCAAUUUGACAACAAGGUACUUGCCCAGCAAGGUUAUUCUACUGCCAAGUAACUUUGCUAGUGGAAUGGUUUGUUUAAAUUUCCUAGAAUAUUAAUCUCAGUGCAAUUAGCAGUGUUUGCAUUUUUUUCUCAAAGCACUGUACUAAACUCUUUACCUAUGGAGAAAUGUAUUGGAGAGGGAAUUGCAGAGAACCACCACUCUGCUAAUGAACCCAAGUGACAGUUUUGUGUUGUUUUUCCCAAAGAAAGUGCCCUACUUUCAUAUGAAAUUAAUAGUAAUUGCAGGAGUGUUGGAAAACAAUGAAUUCUGACUCCCUAAUCCAGAUCAUUCUCAUACGUACUUUCAUCAUUACAGGCUGAGUUGUCAAAAAAGGCCAGACGGAACUUUAAUUAAAGUAAUUGGCUUGACAGUGUGAUGGGAAAACAAGGUGCAGGCAGCAAGCACAAGCAGUUCCUAUCUUCUAGUUAAAGAUGUUAACUGUUCUGUCACUUUCUUGCUGCAAAAAAAAAAAAAAAACAAACCCAAAAUAUCUCUAAGAUUCAGGUGCAAGGAUACUGCAUGCAAGAGUAUACACAGAAUACCAUCAGGCAUAUAAAAGAUCCCUAAAUUGAAGCAAGUGGAGCUGGUUCAGAGUCUGGUCAGUUUUGACAGUGAUUACAUACUGUAUAUAUUUUCAUAUUCUGUGUUCUGGCUUGAUCCAUUACAGUCACUAAUCUCCUAGAAGUAUCAGGAAGGUUAAAAUUCAAGCAUUAAAAAAGGAGACUCAUCCAUCAUUAAGUGCAGCUAACCCACAGAGGGGAAUGGGGAAGAAAUUUUGGCUGUACCAUAGCACAUUUCAAAGGACCAUAUCUAUUACUGCCUCUUUAUACGUGUGUAUAAGUUACAUCCUCAACUGUCAGCACAGCUUAACUUGGAGUGCCGUAGCUGCUCCUCCUCUCCUUGGAGCCCAGCAUCUGGAGAAGUGCUGUCACUGAGGGAUAACGAGUAAGUGCAAAUACGCUCCCCAGAGCUAUACUGUAAAAAAGUUGAAGAGGCUUCUGUGCUUUGCUGAGUAUUUUGUGCAUCAGCUUCAGAGCAGGAUUCCACUUGUAGAAAAUCUACUUGAAAUAAAAGCAUUUAGCACAGAUAACAGUUACAAGAGCCUGCUCAGAGUUUGUUUUGUAGAAGAUAAAGCAAAACUACCUGCAGUACUAGGCUCCCAGCUAUGCUGUAAGCACAAAAGCAAUACUUCGCUCUCCAGUGUUAUUAAUGAUCCACAGGAAGCAGGGAAACAAACUGAAUGCCCUUUGUGCCUUUUCUAGCCAUGGCCCCAGGAUCUGUAACAACAUAUCAAAUAAUCAAACUGUCACUUACAAAUUUUAUUUUGGUCUAAGCAGGCAGCAGAUGAAUGCAUCUGCUGUGCAGCCACCUCAGCAAGGAGAUGGAAGGCUGAGCACUCAUGGAGGUAGCUGAAAAGGGACAUUAGAUAGGAGGACUGGGUGAGAAAAUGCACACAGCCAUUCCUGUUACAGUUUUAUCUCCAGGGCUGGCUAUCUGUGCUUGUCCACUGUAUUAAUAUCCCCCAAAAUAAAAUGAGGGAGUGAGGUGUAUUUUCAUAUCAACGCAUUUGCAAAAUUGAGCAACAGAUUUUGAAGCUGAUGCAGCAGCAAUAGCAGAGAGACUCAUCUGCUAUAAUUAGUGUAUUUAGCAAUUUAAAUGAAAAAGUGAGCUGACUGAUAGUUACCUUGAAAGUAAAGAGGUCCCCCUCUCCAAAAUCUUUGUUGGCAAUAGGACUUGAGAGCUGUCAGCACCAAACAGCAGAGCAGCCUGUAUUAACAAAGGCAAGAGUGAAUAGAAUCACAUAAUCACCAGGGUUGGAAAAGACCUCCAAGAUCAUCCAAUCCACUCAUCCACCCAUCACCAACGUUUCCCACUAAACCACAUCCCUCAGUACAACACAUAAACAUUUCUUGAACAGCUCUAGGAGCAGUGACUCCACUACCUCCCUGGGCAAAAUAGCAGCAGACAGACAUUUUAUUCCAGCCCUGUACAUUUUUUUUUGGAGUUAAAAGAGAAAAUCUUUGUCCCUGGGACCAAAUAAAAAGACAAGUCUUUGGUCUGUAGGUUGUUAUGCAUUUUGUCUAUUAUUAGAAGCUUCCUUUUUGCUGUUCUCAAAAUUAUUCCAGUUCUUAAUAUCCUCUUCACAUCACUCUGCAGGCUGCUGAGAGCUAUUAAUUUCAUGUAGCUCUGUUCAUUUAUACAGUGUAAUUUUACUGGGUUUCCUGUGGCUAAUCACAGAGCAGAAUCUAGAAAAUUAUUCAUUCUAAGGCAGAGUUCCAUUAUAGAGAAAAAAAGGCUGAAAAUCAGAAUUGCAGAUCAAAAUGCUUCUGUGCUUUUGGAGCACGCAGAGCUAUGGUAACUGGAUUUCAUCUGGCUAAUGCUCAGAAAGAAAAAGGGCAAUCAGGUCUCUGAUGAUAAUGUCAGACAUCAGGGUUCUGACAAGCAAAGCUUAGUGCUUCAUUAACUUCUCAUCUGCCCCUCUGAGCCCUGCUGCCUUCCUGCACACGCAGUCUGAGCUGAGUUUAAGUGAGCUAGCCAUCAGGUACAACGCGUUCCUCCUGUCUUACAGCUUGCUCAUCCUCAGGGAAACAAGAGUAUUUAUUCCCUUAGCAGAAGAGCAGAGAUCAAUAUUCUGCUAGGAAUGUUAUUACUUGGUACAUUGGUCAGUCAUCAUAAGAUCAAGAUCAGGAUGGUUUAACAAGUAGUAAAGCCUUCUGCUGCUGAUCUGGCAACACCCUAAAGAACUCAAGACAUCUUGAGGUCUUAAAGUCUUCUAAUGCCCUAGAUUUGACUUUUGUCUUUCCUCAUUACAGCUCCUCUUUGCGUUUUACCUUGUCUUCCUAAUUCAAGGUGGUAAAAAUGAAGUCACCUUGAUGCUGGUGUAUGGAUGCAUAGGGAAAUCCUAGCAGGCUGGAACCAACUAUGUCCCAUUUCAGUUUUGGCACUUCUUGCACAAAGUUGAAGACUACAGUUGUCUCUCCAACAAUCUCUAGGGAAAUGUGCGUCCCCACAUGGUAUGGCAGUUUUGUGUCAUUCUGUCCCGUUAGUACCAAGGUAAAAGCCUAUUCAUACCAACACAACCAGUGGGUCCAUCUUUUUGAUACAACUUGGGAUCAUUAUGCUGCCCACUCUUACCUUUCCAGUGCAAACUGCCAGUGAAGAUAUUUUUCAUAUGUUGAAAAUGCAUAGGAAGUUUCCCAUUCUGCAAGAAUCAUCUUCUGAAGUGAUGCUUAGUCUCCUGCAAAACCAAAAACCCACAAUCCAGGUUUGUUACACAAGGAAUGUUAAUGAGUCAAAUGUUAUCUGUACAUACAGUAGCAGCACCUCACUUUACUACUUUAAUCUACAGCUUUAUGCCAGUAAAACUUAAGGCUGUCUCAUUAUUACUGACAAUUAACAGAAGUGGAAAACAGAGACAAAUCAUUUUUCAGGAAUGUCUCAGACAUCUUACCUUCCCAAAGUACCUUGAUGUGAACUCUCCUCCAUCACUUCAAAAUCACUUGUCACCAUGCAUCUUCAUACCUUCAUUUUAUUUCUCCCUUUGUCUUCUUUCCAUUCUCUCUGGCAUCAGAGCAUGUGAGCGUUUGGAUGUCAGCAAUGUCCUUCAGCCGUUCUUAACAACCUUUGGUGACCUUCAUAGUAACAUUAUACAAAGAUCAUUAAAAUAAUGUCCCUUCCAGUAGAUAGAUCUUAGUCAUUAUCCACUUCAACAAACUGCAAUGUAUUUCCCCAAAGCAGAAUAGCAGAAUGUGACCAAUAAGCUUUCCAAUUGAAUCAUACAGUAUCCAUAUAACACAAAGGUACCUUUUAGAUUUAUUUUUUUUCCCUCCACAACUACUACUGUAUCAUUCUGCAUUUAUCAAGUUUUCUCCAGCCCCAAGUCCUUUGUUUUAUUUUGCAAAUCAGUGUCGUUGGCAAAGUACUUGGGGUGAAGUGAAAUGUACUGAAAGCACUCACUAAAGAAUACCAUACAUAGAAGAGUAGGAAAGCUCUCUAUGAUUUACUGCAGGGCCAAGCCCUGAGCCACAGGCUUUUCUGAAAAGAAAAACAAUCACAAUGUGCUGAGCCAUUGGUAUUUCACAUCUAAGUGACACCUGUAUUUCUCAGAUGUGUGGUAAAGCUACUGUAAUCAGCUUAAGCAUUUCUAAAUCUUAUUUUUAAACACAGUGAAGUGUAGUCCUUAGGAACUGAAAAACACUGAACAACCUUCCUUCAGUCCAUGCUUGUUCUGGUAUUGAUUUGGGAGCUUCCUGAGCUCCAGUCACCAAGCUAUGUUGUGUUUCCUGAGGAGUUCAGUUCCAUUAAUGAGUAAGAUUAAACUAUUUACAGUUCUAGUCCUAAAACACAUUUCAGUUGCUGCCUUCACAAGGAAGCUGAUGGUCCCAAGCCUGCAAGCUGCUCUUUGCAGAGGGAUCUUUACCUCCACCUGGAGUCAACUGCAUUAAUAACACUUCUUCACUUCUGAAAUCUGCUUCAGUGGAUCAACUUGCAGGACUAGCUCUGGGUUGCUGGCAUUUCCUUUUUUUUUUCUUUUUUUCUUUUCUUUUUUUUUUUUUUUCAAUUUUAAACACAUCUGAAGAUGUUCAUAGUUCCCUAAUCAAAAGAAAGCAAGAAGAGCACUGUAUUUUUUUAAGUGAGAAUAAUAGACAAGUCUGAAUAUUUUGAUAGCUUUGCUGGAAAGGUAUAUAAUGUAGUGAACUGUUGCACUAUUUUUUCUAUUGUCUGAGCAUCAAACCUGAAAAGUGUUUUGUUAUUUCUCUAAUCCUCUAACUUCUCUUUCAGUUAUGAAGUUAUAAAGGUUUAGAAGGGAGUGCAAAGCCUCAAUGAAAUUUUAAGCUAAUGUAAAUAAAUCCAGUAGCUAGCUUUAUGAGGUAACCUAUACCAUUUACUUUUCAGUUAAACACAUAGGCAAUAUUUGAGAUAUGUUUUGUUUUCCAAAAUAAACUUAUUAGUGGCACUUCUGAAAAAGCAUCUGUACUUCACGUAAAAUGGAAGUCAUUUGGAAAUGACAUCCUCCUUCAGCUCACAUUAAAAAAGUUUACAGGAGCCACUUAGAAUGCACUGUUAUUUUCCCUAAUAAUACUGGACAGUUUAAUCUCUUGUUCUUUGUGUCCACUACCUUGUUUUGCACACUAACAGGUUUGCUGGAUUUCUUUGUAUUUUUUUUUUGUAGUAUAUGGAUUGGUUUAAACAAACAUUUACUAUUGUAAUAAUCAUUCUUGAAAUGUGGAUCUCUAUCUGUAAAGAGAAAAACAACUUAAAGAAUAACCUCUGUUUUCUCUAAAUUUACUGUAGUAAGCAAGUUUAGCUAACAGAACUGUAUUCUUUUCAGCUCCUGUUAUAUUCUUAUCCAGUUAUUGACUGCUUUCACUAUGUAUGUACUUGGUACUGAUUCAUUCUUUUACGAUGAUGAAAAUGACAAGUUUUGUUAACAUCAGGUGGAAACUGUGUUUUUGGAUAAAGUUCUUCAAAUUGGCA